CAACAACAACAACACCAGCAACAACAAACUGCAGCUGUUGUAGUGAUAAUGAGGAAAUUAGUCAUUUGCCUUUUAGUUUUUGGGCUCUACGCAAUACAGACUGUAGUGGGACAUAUGAACAGUGACCCAGCGCCAGGACGUUCACCAGGACCACCUGUAGAUUUCUCAAUAAACCCAACCGCAACAACAACAAACGACGAAGAUAUAUUAGACAAUAACAGCAGCAACAACGGCUACAAUAGCAGCAACGACAACAAAAUCAGUGUGCAUGUAAAUAACGAAAAUGUAACAACUGCAACAGCAACAGCGUAUGCAAUAAACCAACAACAAACACAAAUUAACCACAAAAACAAUUUGCAACUAAACCACAAUAACAACUACAACAACGAACCGGAAGUAAACUACAGUGAUAGAGAAUCACUUAAUGACUCUUACCAACAUUUAGUAGCAUCAACAAAAUUGAAUAAUCAUAAUAAUGACAAUGAUGAUGACGAUGAUGAAGAUAAUCAACAACACCAACACCAUCAACAUCCACAUAAUGCUAAUGAAAAAACUGAAAACGACGAUGAUAAUGAUGAAAUUACCUCUUUUCCAGUGGCAACAUCAACAACAUCUCGAUUAGAAGAUGCAAUUAAUUUUCAAUUAACAAAUGAAAACAAUUACAAUAGUCCUUUAGAUAAUAACCAGCAUAAAGAUAAUGACAAAACCACAUAUAAUUACCCCACAAAUGCUGGGGAAGCUACAAGUGCGGUUAAGCAGCAGGAGGUGGAUGAGGAGAAGCUGGAACAGUUGACACUACAUAAAAAUAUUGAUUUACCCAAUGGCACACAUGAAAAGCUACGUAAACAUACAAAAACAAUACCCGCCAUAUCAACAGCACACACUCAAAAUAAGAAUGGCAAUAUGGAAACAUCUUCAACAUCAUUGUUUUCUGGCCCGCCCGACAUCGCCUCCAGCUCAUCAGUGUCAGCCUCCUCAUCGUCAACAACAGCAGCAUCAUCAUCUUCUUCCUCCUCAGCGUACUCAUCAUGUCAUUCAGAUCUCAAUGAGUUUCUCAAUGAUGUUACUGUGAUUGAAGUUGAUGAUAAUAAUGACAGUUUUUCCAACGCCACCAACAACACCUCUUCUUCCUCCUCCUCCGCCGCCGCCUCCUCCUCAUUGCCACCAUUAUUGCAGGGCUUUAAAAUCCAAUUGCAACUUUAUCAUGAUGUCUUUGAUGCUACAACCGCAUUUGGCAUCAACUGCGGUUUGCUGUAUAAAAUUCGUCUUACAACAAGUUUGCCAACAUUAACAACGCCAUUACAAGCUGCCUACUCAACAUCGUCAGCAGCAAGCACACAGCAACAACAAAGUGCAACAGCACCAGAAAUGCAAAAUCCAACAAUCCGCCAAUACACAGGAGAUUUCUUUGUUGAAACUGUGUCGCUCUUAAGUUCCCAAGAACGUGGCAGUUUUGUAACCAGCAGUGAUAGUAGCAACAAGUUGCCAAUUUCAUGGUUCGCCACAUCUCAGCAUACGGGGAAUUGGCAGAUGAAAAAUAGCGCCAAUCCACCACAUGCACACACAAACGCUCAUGCGUUAACAAAAAACUUGUAUAAUUCGAAAUCAAUGUCUGACGAUGAAGAAGCAGCAGAAAAUGGCCAAGACAAUGAUGGUGCUGAUGAUGAUGAUCGAACGAAGGAAUCACUCGAAGAAAAUGUUGACAAUAUACCAUCAAAUGGUUUUUAUAAGGCAACAAAAAAUGGCUUUAAGCUGAAACAACGACAACAGCAUGAUACAGACUACAACAAUAGCAACAACAAUAAGUGGCAUUAUGUAGAUAAUGUAGCAACAUCAUCAUCCUCCUCCUUCUCCUCCAGCUCAGCUACCAAGAAAAAACGCAGAAAAUCAGCCGAGAUUGAGGCAACAACAAACCUCUGUUCGUCGGAAAAUAAAUGGCAGGGUAGAACAAAAAGCAACACUAAUGCUGCUGGCGGCAUUAGUACUGAAUCCCUGGGUUUAUGGUUGGUAAACGAGCUUUGCGAGCAAGACGACAUCAUAGAGUUUAGAGUGUUUUUUCGCAUGAAAAUUAAAAAGAACAACAUACGUAGCAGCAGCAACAACAGCUCGUAUUCCAGUAACAAUGUCUGGUUAAAUGCUAGUGGCAACAUGGGUCAUAGUGCCAGUGCAACAAAUGUCGAUGAAGCACAAAUAGUGGUAUAUAGAAAAACUUUUCAAUUUCAAAUACGCAAAGACUGCCAUCUAAUAUUACGUGAAACUUCUAUGGGUACAUUGGACUAUACCAUUUUGCCUUUAUACUGCAUAGAUUGUACUGUACAUUUUCCCUCCUACAAACAUCUCAACAAAGCAGCCGCCUCCGAUCCCAAUCAAGCUCCACCUGGUAUGCUCGUAGAGCUGCAACGACUUAAUGUACCCUGUUCCAGUGGCGGCCAUGUACGCUUCAGCGAUCACAAAGUGCUGUGUGGCAAACUGGAAGAGUUGGAGGCCACCGAUCGUGUCUAUCAUUUCAAUGUUGAUGAUGACGGAGCGUCCGUGCAAUUCUAUAGGAAUCCUAUGUUUAGUUUAAGUUAUAAAUUAGUCGAUUAUUGUUAUAAUGUAAGUACGAGUAAUGGAAGUGGUGAAUUUUAUAUACGACCAAGUAUGAAGGACUCUUUAGAGUGUUACUUUCGUAUACAUCUGCCAUAUGGGAAUCGUGUUCUGCUGCGUAUGGUGACCAAUAAUGACAGCGAUAUCCUGCCCAUGCCGACCUUGAUGUCGGAGGGGGCCGAUGCUGUGCAGGAGGAUGAAUUGUAUACGAUAUUUACGAGCCAGGGGACAACAGUAGAUGCACAAGUGAUAAAUUUAACUGUAAAUAGUGGUAAUAAUUUUGGUGCUUAUUCUUCGUUUUCGUCGUCAUUAAUGCCAUUUUUUAAACUGCCUGAUAUGAAUGCAACAAAUAAUCGUAAGUUGUCGGGGGAUAUGAAGCAUAAAGCAUUUGCUAGCCUGGGCUUGGACUCGUUUGGAUUUUUGGCCGCCACUAAGGCCAAUUUGCAAAUGGCCUUUUCCGGCACUGCCAAUUGUGUGGGUGUGGUGAUAAAGGUCUUUGAAAAUGAUCAUUCCAAGUGGUCGCACUGUGUUAACAAUACCAAGCAUAUGCGUGGCUUUAUCCUGGAAUCCUCUAGCAAUACCUUAAGUGUACAUCUUUUUCGUGCUGGUCCUGGAACUCAGGAGAAUAGUAUAGAACCAAGAAAGUCUGCCCCUGCCAAGCAGCUAAGUAGACAACAUCAAAUGCCCGCCAUUUAUUUGUCUUAUCAAGCUCGACCUUUAGCCAAUAUUGUGGCAAAUUGUGCCUUUGGUUGGAUUGCUAUGGAACAAUUUUGUAUAGCAGCCAUUGAAAUGUCCAUGACCUGGCAUGAGGCCGAAAAGCAUUGUUCCAAACUGGGAGGCCAUUUAGUGUCAGUGCGUAAUGAACAGCAACAGCAGGCCAUUAAUGAGUUGCUGCUAAAUAGUCCCGGUUAUACGGAUCAAAAUGCCUAUUGGGUGGGUGGUUCGGACAAAAGUUAUGAGGGAGACUUUCGCUGGAGUGAUGGUUUGACAUUUCAAUACACCAAUUGGUUUCCGGGCUGGUCACAACAUGGCCACUACAAUAAACAACCCAACGAUGAUGGUCUCAGCAGUCAGGACUGCAUAGAGCUGAGACGUUACUUUCGUACGCCGCCUGGUGUCCAGACCAGUCGUAGUCCUUUAACCAACAAAUACAUGUGGAAUGAUCGAGACUGUAGUGCCAAUAACUUUUUAAUCUGUGAAAGAGCCAUGAGUGAUGAUUCCUUGAGACGCAAUUGGAUUAACGAUUGCAAUAAAACAGUGUCUUUGAGCAAAGAACAUCCCAGAGCUUCCAUAUGGAGUCCAUCGUUUCCCCGCCAAUAUCCCGACAAUGCAAAUUGUUUUACAACAAUAACAGCACCUGCGGGUUAUCGUAUAGUCAUCGAAUUUGAAGAACUUGUUAUAGAAAAUGAACAAGGUUGUACUUAUGAUUAUCUAGAGAUUACCGAGCCCAAGCUCUCCGAAUCUCUUAGAUCUUCAACAAAAACCACAUCUUCCAAGUAUCGUUAUGCCCAAAAUAUCGAUAGCAAUAUACAGAGCAGUCUUAAUCUUAAUCUCAAAUUUAACUAUAAUAAUCCUAAUUUAAGAUCUUUUCGUAAGCGAAGUUCUUAUGACUCAACGUCCGCAACAUCCUCAGCAAAUAGUUUAAGAUUUUUACCCAACUCUCCGACUGAACAUGUUUAUGCCCCCCAAAAUACCGACUACAAUGGUUACGAUUUGGCUCAAAAUAACUAUCAAAAACUACUACAAAUCUACUCCAGUCUCUAUAGUCCACGUAAUAAUUUCAUUAUACAAACACCGGAUUAUCCCAAAGGUAAUCCCUAUUUGCAACAUGCUACAACAUCCUCGAAUAGUCACAAUCAUCAUAACAAUAAUAACAAUAAUAAUAACAACAAUAAUCGAGCUGGCCAAGAAGUUCUACCCAAACGCUUGUGUGGCGACUGGAGUACCAAACUGAAAUUGUUGCGUUAUGUAUCGACUGGCUCCUAUUUGGGUUUGCAUUUUGUUUCCGAUUAUUCACAUCAUUUUGGUGGCUACAAGGCCAAGACUUAUAUGGAAAAUACUGCAUCUGAAUGCUCGAAUGAACGUUUGAAACCCUACAAUGGUUCUUGCUAUCUAUUCGUAUCGUAUCCGGAAGUAGAUUGGUGGACUGCACAACAAGUCUGCAGGGGUAUGGGAGCCAAACUGACAUCUGUUUCAUCGGCUGAUGAGCACAGAUUUAUAACCUCCAAUAUCCGUAAUCAAAUUGACUACUCGCCACAACUGAUUUAUUGGCUGGGGGCCGAAUUGGAAAAGAAUGGUCAAUUCGAGUGGACAGAUGACUCUAAAAUGAGUUUUCAGGGUUGGUUACCUGGCCAGGGUCAGUUUGAUGUACUGCCCUCCGACGCCACUUGCCUCGGUUUGCAAUGGAAAAUGUCCCCCACACCGAUGUUGCCAUCUGGUCUUUAUUGGCAGUCGCAAAAGUGCAAUAAAGUCGGUGGUUAUGUGUGUAAGAAACCAAAGGAAUCUUUUGGUAAUUUUGCUUUUAGUAAUUUUACGGUAACAGGAACGGAAGGACGUCUCGUAUCACCAGCAUACCCAAAUACUUAUCCCUUAAACAUUGACUAUUGGAUACAUAUUAAAGCAGCCGAGCGUACAAGAAUCAUUGUACAAUUUCAAAAAAUCGAUUUGGAGCCACAAGAUGAAUGUCUUUAUGACUUUAUAAGCAUACAGGAUUAUGAUAUUGUAUCGAAAAUAAUCCUAGAACCUGGCACAAAUACAAUACCAAUGGCAAUGUUGAUGUCAGAUGAACAAUUCACAGCUUAUGAAAAUGAUAACGAUGGCAUUCGAGAUGGUGAUGGUGAUGGCGGUGUUGAUGAUAAUAAUGAGGACGAUGACAAUAAUGGUGGUGGCAAUGGUGGCGAUAAUGAUACUGAUGAUAGCAGUAGUGAUGAUGAUGGUGCGGAUGCAGAUGACAAUGAUGACAAUGGUGCUAACGAUAACGAAACAACAACUUUAAACAAGGCAACUAAGAAGAACAGUAACACGAAAAAAUUGCAACUACAACAUCUUCAUCAGCAGCCACAUGCAAGAAUACGUCGAAGUCUUUCCGAAAGACUUAAGGACAGACAAAGACGCAAACUUAUUGAAAGACAAACUGAAAGCAAGAGUAAAGCUCAAAAUCGCAAGAGGAGAAGAAAAAGAAAACAUCAUACUGCCAAACUACAAGAACACCAGCUACAAAAUGUAAAUAUGAAAAAAACAAAAAUACAAGACACACAAAAAUUUCGCAAUUUAGCAGCAAUGCAUCACAAUGAUGAAACGGUGGACAAUGGACACAAUUUACAACAACAAACUAAAAUUAAUAAAAGAACAAGGUGGCAUGACAGCAGAAAACAACAGCAACAACACAUUAAACGCCAACCCCAAAGGAAACAUCAACGUAAUAAGAACAUCGUGACAAGAGAAAAUCAUCAUGGCAGCUCAUCCUGUCUUAAUGAAAAUCCCAAAAGAUGCAGACGAAAAAAAUCUUUAACGGAUAUUGAAAAUACCAUAAAUAAAGCUUUCCGUAAGCUGCCAGCUAAUAAUGCAGCACGUUAUCGUCGCAGCACCAAAUUAAGCGAUGACUCAUUACCCGCCUCCGAUAAUGCCCAAUCGUUUCUACCCUACGUGCGUUGGUGCGGUUCGCACGAAUCAAACAUGUCAAAAUUUGAUUUUGUUUCACGCUCCAACGAGGUCAUGUUGAACUUUCACAGCGACUACUCAAUAACUGGUCUGGGUUUCGCGGCCGUUUGGAAGGCCAUCGAUGUUUCGGGCUGCCCGCUACGCACACUUACCUCUCGCGAGGGCACCAUAUUUUCACCAAAUUAUCCUCAUUUCCUGCUCAACACUUUGAAUUGUGCUUAUGUGAUACAGGCUCCAGUGGGCAAACGUGUCUGGCUGGAGUUUACAGAAUAUGAUUUUCAAUCGGAUGCCUUGCUGGAAGUUGACAUUGGUAAUGGUUUGUUUAGGCCAUUUCGUUUGUCGGAUCAUUUGAACGAUGGCAUGUUUGUGAGUUUGAGAGAACAAUUGCGUGUACAGUUUCGUACGGGUCAGCAUCCGAGGGGUAAGGGUUUCCAGGCCAUCUAUCAUACAGUUGGACAAAUGGAGAGACGUGAACGUAUCAUCAACCUGACCAGCAAUGACACUGGUUAUCUGUAUCAAUUGAACUAUCCACACGAUAUGGCUGAAAAUGUUGAUUUUACACAGCAUUUGGUGGCACCAUUCGGUCAUAAUAUACUGCUGGAGUUGCAUGGUGUGGAAUUUACGGAGAAUGGAUGCCAGGAUAAUAAUCUGCUUGAGAUCUUUGAUAAUUAUGCCGACAAUAAUGGCACCAAAUGGCAACUAUGCAAAUUUCAAAAUGCUAAUUUUCAUACUGGCAGUCCUCUCGAUGACAAUUAUUUCACCACAAAUAUAUACGGACAACAUCCAGGCGAAUAUUUUCCAGAUUCAAAAGAUAAUAACAACAACAAUAAUAAGGAUAAUACGAAAACAACAAAUACAGCCGUUACAGGCAUUGGAAGUAUGGAGACAUCAUCGACAACGACAGUUGCUGAAUUUCUAUUGCGUCAACAUCAACAUCAGCAGCAGUAUAUGCCAGUACCGCCGUCACCACCGCCCGUUUACAUAACAUCAUAUUUAAAUACAUUGUAUAUACGUCAGCGUACCACUGCCAAAUCCAUUGCCAAUCUUAAUUGUUCCAUACGCUUACAAUGGGAUAAUAAUUACAAAAUGAAAUUAGCAUCUGGGGAUAAAAGUGUCGAAUCGUGUCAACCGAAUCCUUGUCAGUACAAUGGUAAAUGUGUGGUUAACAAUCGUACCAGCUAUUGUCAGUGCCAGGGGCAUUUUACUGGAAGAUUUUGUGGUUUGAAUUUGUGUGAAUUGGAGCCCUGCGUCUUUGGUAAAUGUGAAUUAACUACGAAUAAUUUCAAGUGCCAGUGUCAACCUGGUUAUAUGGGUACGACAUGUGAACAGAAACAAAGACCUUGUGCUGAUAAUCCUUGUGAGGGACGUGGUAUUUGUAUAGAGAAAAAUGGUGGUUUCUUUUGUCGUUGCUAUGCUUGGUGGGAGGGCCACCGCUGUGAAAAACGUAUGCUUCACAUACCUUACAAACCUUUAUCGGAGCGUAUGCUGCAGGAACCCUUUUGGUUGGGUCUAAUUACUGUAUUUGUGGUUUUAGCUGUUAUAGGUUUGGUUUGGUGUGCGAAGCGACAUUUUCCAGAGAAAAUCGAAAAACUAUUGGCUGAAGAAGCUGAUCGUAAUAGGCCACCUGGUUCUUUACAUGGACAUCAUCAUCACACAUCAUUGCGUGAACAAUUGCAAUUUACAACUGCCAUACCACAAACGACCGUUAAUAACGCACCGGGUGCACCUCGUUCCAUAUUCAACAGAUUGGGUAUAAGAAAACCAUCAUUAUUGAGCCUCAGCAGCCCCAAUCCAGUACCUGGAGGGGGAGGGGCAGCAGCGCGUACAUUUUCACUUGACGAUCUGUUACGACCGCCUCCCCGACGUUCACCCUCACCUCGCAAAAAGCGCAACAAUUCUACACCGGUUAAGAAAAAUGCUGCCGAAAAGAAACAAAUUCUUCAACAAUUAGUUUCACCAGCCGCUCAACAGGCCAAGCCUAAAGUAAGUUUGGGAGAAUUAAUCUCUAUGUCGGAGAAUCGUUUAAGAGCCAGCAAUGUGGAUUCGGAGAGUGAUCUUAAAGAAACCACAUUUUCGGAAAAUACCGUUUCCUUAACUUCGGCCACCGUGGAGAGAGCCAUUAACGAUCCGAAACUGGAAAAGAAGGUGACAUUUGCCCGUUUGCUGAAUAAAGUUUCAGCUGAAAUGAGUUCAGGGUCCGAGACAACUCGUAAUUCUAGUGCUCUUAGCCUGCCAACUGACUUACAAAUGCGAGCAAGUUCUAUGCCACCAUCACCCUGCACCAACGAAAUGCGUUCACCUCAUAGCACAUCAUCUACGCACGGCAGUGACUCAUUUUCAAGUUCCGACUUGGCAUUAACCGAUUUUGGUCUGCGUUCAAUACAAACCAGUGGCAGUGAAAUGGGCAGUACGAAUAACAAUCAGCUCAGUGGCUUGCCGUCGGGCAUGCCGACACGCUGUCGCAUCGGCUCGCCAGCGCGUCCCAAAGUCUCCAGUGCCGACUCAAUACUCGCCAUGUUUCGUAAUUUCGCCAAUGCGGCUGGAAAUGCAUCGAAUACAACAACUAAUACAAUGCCUUCAACGACCUCGGUCUUUGUGUCGCCCUCAACAACGCCCACCGUCUCGAGUCCACAGGACGAUGCACCGGGUGAUGAUGAAUCUUCCACAUCGUCAAUGCACACACCGGUUAGUUUCUCCAGUGGUGCUCCCGACUCACCGGUGUUCUAUCGUCAAACCACCAUCGAAGUGCCUGUAUUAGAUGUUCUCAAUGCGCACAAAUCAUCGGCGACCUCGUCGGCGUCGUCGUCCUCAUCGUCGAAUCUAUUGCACCCACCGACAAUAUUGCUUGAAAUACCGAGCAUUAACAAUAAGUGUCUGUCGCCCAUACGAGAGAUGCCCACGCCAAUGCCAUCGCCAGCUUUAACACCGAUAAUGCCGCGACCUCAACGCUCGAAUAGUCCCAUAUUCCAAGAGGAUCCAUCAUCGGGUGGGGACUUUAGUGAUGAUGAUAAGAGUGAUCAUAGUGAUACACAGUUAUCGGAAAAACUGAGAAUUGGUCUGCAACGUGAAAAAUCCCGUCAACAUGAUUCGGAUGUGGAGACAACACCGACCGAUACCACCACAACAUCGAUGGCGAACUUGAAUAAGCCUAUUAUUGGUGGGCUCAACUAUAAGAUACCCAAACUGAGUUUAACGCCAGCCAUUGCAGCCGCACCCAUGCAAACACCCGCCAUUACCAUAGACAUAGAACCCCCCACCCCAGAGGAAAAACAAGCCAGACCCAGAGAUCUGAUUAUUCCCACACUGACCGUAGAACAACCCAGUCCAACGAAGAAUCGCCAUCCAAUGAUUAUAUUUCCGGGAUCACCACCACCACAACGAGCCAGCAUAGGUGAAACCAGUUUUAUGUUUCCAAAUAAACAACAACAAAAAAGGCUCCUAAAACAAUUUGAGAAACCAACUUCUUUGGAUUUCCCAUUUGCACCGCCUACGAUAACGGUAACAGCGAAUAUGAGCGAACUGGAAUCGGACACAGAACCACUGUCACCCGCUCCGAAAACUGGUGUCAGUGGGGGUUUAAUGCCUCCCAAUCCGGUGGGCAUGUGUUACCUAAGUCCGUUUACCAUGUGUACUCGAGCGGAUCGCACCAUAUCCGAGAGUAAUCUUAGCUCAUCGGGUUACUCGAGCAUGGCUAGUCCGGGACCAAGCCGUUGUGGCUCCAGUAAUCCCCUUUACCCCAAUGAAAUGGAUGAACCGGGCAGUGGCCACACGGGACCUGGUCUCUCUUUGCAUGUCAAUCUAUUGAAUCGUCGUAAAUCGUCCGUUCUGCCCAGCUGCAAAGAGAACGUAAGCAAUGGCAAGUAUACGGGUCCAACGGCAGGUGCCAACACCGAUCGUUUGCAUACGCACCGUCCUCGCUCUGAUUCGGAAACUUUUUCCGAUGACAUACUCAUAGAGUCCAAUGACGAGGGCAUAGGCACAGAUCAUGUUGACGAAAAGUUGGAUGACACCCGCAUAAGUUCGCGUCGCUUUGACAUGUUUCUAGACGAUGAGAUACUGAUCGAAGUCGAUGAACCGCCCUCAACAUCAGCGCCACUGUUAGGUGGCAACAACUUGCUGAGCACCAAUUGUGGCCCCCAAAUGGCACAACUACAACUGCCUUCUAUUGUGAUACAAAUCGAUGGUUGCGGUGAUAAGACCCUAUCACCGGUUUCCUCGCGUUCCGAAAGUCCUCUAAGUGAGCGGGCCGGCAUAGGACGUUUCUCGCCUCACUUCUACGGACGCAAAGAUCAACUGCCAUUCACGGACUCCGAUGGUUUGUAUGAUUUUCCAUCGUCCGAUGGCAAAGGCGCCUCGGUGCACACGUUUUCGCAUCAACGCCGCAGCAGCAGCAAGAAACGAGAACGCAAAUCCUCCAAGUGCUCGUCGACUCAGUCGCCCACGAAACAACAAUUGGAUUUGCCAUCCAAAGAGUCGUUGAACACUUCAUCCACGCCCACUAGUAUAACACAUGUUUGCAACAAGCAUUGCCAUUCACAUCACCAUCCAUGCCCUGCCGUUACGGUCUCUACACGUAAGAGCCCCAAAAGGCGUUUGCUAAAUCGCCACCCGGUGGCCAGUAGUUCCUCCUCGUCGGAAAGUUUGAAUUCAGCAAAGGAGCUGACCGUAAGACCUUUGCCUAGGCGACUUAAUUCGCCCAAUCGUGAGAAGAAACCCCGCAAACAAGAAAGCCUAAGCGAAGAUGAGGUGGCCGAUUCUAUUUUAAGGCGCAUUUCACCCAGCAUUGUUAAAGAAGAUGAAUCGGCCAGACCUAAGUGUAAAAUUAAUCGUUUAAGGGCCAUAGGAAAUCAAAUAAGAUUCCUAAGACGCUUAGAAAAAUCCAUAAAAACCCGCGAACGUAUUGUCUCACCUUCUGACAGUUGUCCUGAAGAAAAUACCGACGACAUGGAUUCACCACAGGCCUCUUCACCGCUCUUGCAACCAACCUCACCCAGUAAAACACGUUUGGCUUUGUGUCGACAAAAACGUCUUCCGAGUGGGACAUAUGGUAUAACAGCGGCAGCAUUAAACUCCAGCAAUUGGAAGGGCAUGGAUCGUAGUUUGAUUGGAGAUGACUUAAAUAGCGAUUAAGUUAAA